AUGGACGUGGACAUGGACGUGGACAUGGACGUGGACAUGGACGUGGACAUGGAUGUGGACGUGGACGUGGACGUGGACGUGGACGUGGACGUGGACGUGGACGUGGACAUGGACGUGGAGAUGGACGUGGACAUGGACGUGGACAUGGACGUGGACAUGGACGUGGACAUGGACGUGGACAUGGACGUGGACAUGGACGUGGACAUGGACGUGGACAUGGACGUGGAAAUGGACGUGGACAUGGACGUGGACAUGGACGUGGACAUGGACGUGGACAUGGACGUGGACAUGGACGUGGACAUGGACGUGGACAUGGACGUGGACAUGGACGUGGACAUGGACGUGGACAUGGACGUGGACGUGGACGUGGACAUGGCGGUGGACGUGGACGUGGACGUGGACAUGGACGUGGACAUGGACGUGGACGUGGACGUGGACAUGGACGUGGACGUGGACAUGGACGUGGACAUGGACGUGGACAUGGACGUGGACAUGGACAUGGACGUGGACAUGGACGUGGACGUGGACGUGGACGUGGACGUGGACGUGGACGUGGACAUGGUUGUGGACGUGGACAUGGACGUGGACAUGGACGUGGACAUGGACGUGGACAUGGACAUGGACGUGGACGUGGACGUGGACAUGGACGUGGACGUGGACGUGGACAUGGACGUGGACAUGGACGUGGACAUGGACGUGGACAUGGACAUGGACAUGGACGUGGACAUGGACAUGGACGUGGACAUGGACAUGGACGUGGACGUGGACGUGGACAUGGACGUGGACAUGGACGUGGACAUGGACGUGGACAUGGACGUGGACAUGGACGUGGACAUGGACGUGGACAUGGACGUGGACAUGGACGUGGACAUGGACGUGGACAUGGACGUGGACAUGGACGUGGACAUGGACGUGGACAUGGACGUGGACGUGGACGUGGACAUGGACGUGGACGUGGACGUGGACAUGGACGUGGACGUGGACGUGGACGUGGACAUGGACGUGGACGUGGACGUGGACGUGGACAUGGACAUGGACAUGGACAUGGACAUGGACGUGGACGUGGACGUGGACAUGGACGUGGACAUGGACGUGGACAUGGACGUGGACAUGGACGUGGACAUGGACGUGGACAUGGACGUGGACAUGGACGUGGACAUGGACGUGGACAUGGACGUGGACAUGGACGUGGACAUGGACGUGGACAUGGACGUGGACAUGGACGUGGACAUGGACGUGGACAUGGACGUGGACGUGGACGUGGACAUGGACGUGGACGUGGACGUGGACAUGGACGUGGACAUGGACGUGGACGUGGACGUGGACGUGGACGUGGACGUGGACAUGGACGUGGACAUGGACGUGGACAUGGACGUGGACAUGGACGUGGACAUGGACGUGGACGUGGACAUGGACGUGGACGUGGACAUGGACAUGGACAUGGACGUGGACAUGGACGUGGACGUGGACGUGGACAUGGCGGUGGACGUGGACGUGGACGUGGACAUGGACGUGGACAUGGACGUGGACGUGGACGUGGACAUGGACGUGGACGUGGACAUGGACGUGGACAUGGACGUGGACAUGGACGUGGACAUGGACAUGGACGUGGACAUGGACGUGGACGUGGACGUGGACAUGGCGGUGGACGUGGACGUGGACGUGGACAUGGACGUGGACGUGGACAUGGACGUGGACAUGGACGUGGACGUGGACAUGGACGUGGACGUGGACGUGGACAUGGACGUGGACAUGGACGUGGACAUGGACGUGGACAUGGACGUGGACAUGGACGUGGACAUGGACGUGGACAUGGACGUGGACAUGGACGUGGACAUGGACGUGGACAUGGACAUGGACAUGGACAUGGACGUGGACAUGGACGUGGACGUGGACGUGGACAUGGACGUGGACGUGGACGUGGACGUGGACGUGGACAUGGUUGUGGACGUGGACAUGGACGUGGACAUGGACGUGGACAUGGACGUGGACAUGGACAUGGACAUGGACGUGGACGUGGACGUGGACAUGGACGUGGACGUGGACGUGGACAUGGACGUGGACAUGGACGACGUGGACGUGGACGUGGACAUGGACGUGGACAUGGACGUGGACAUGGACGUGGACAUGGACGUGGACAUGGACGUGGACAUGGACGUGGACAUGGACGUGGACAUGGACGUGGACAUGGACGUGGACAUGGACGUGGACAUGGACGUGGACAUGGACGUGGACGUGGACGUGGACAUGGACGUGGACGUGGACGUGGACAUGGACGUGGACGUGGACGUGGACGUGGACAUGGACGUGGACGUGGACGUGGACGUGGACAUGGACAUGGACAUGGACAUGGACAUGGACGUGGACGUGGACGUGGACAUGGACGUGGACAUGGACGUGGACAUGGACGUGGACAUGGACGUGGACAUGGACGUGGACAUGGACGUGGACAUGGACGUGGACAUGGACGUGGACAUGGACGUGGACAUGGACGUGGACAUGGACGUGGACAUGGACGUGGACAUGGACGUGGACAUGGACGUGGACAUGGACGUGGACGUGGACGUGGACAUGGACGUGGACGUGGACGUGGACAUGGACGUGGACAUGGACGUGAACGUGGACGUGGACGUGGACGUGAACGUGGACAUGGACGUGGACAUGGACGUGGACAUGGACGUGGACAUGGACGUGGACAUGGACGUGGACGUGGACAUGGACGUGGACGUGGACAUGGACAUGGACAUGGACGUGGACAUGGACGUGGACGUGGACGUGGACAUGGCGGUGGACGUGGACGUGGACGUGGACAUGGACGUGGACAUGGACGUGGACGUGGACGUGGACGUGGACAUGGACGUGGACGUGGACAUGGACGUGGACAUGGACCGGUGGUCGUGGACGUGGACGUGGACAUGGAUGGUCGUGGACGUGGACAUGGACGUGGACAUGGUGGACGUGGACGUGGACAUGGACGUGGACGUGGACGUGGACAUGGACGUGGACAUGGACGUGGACAUGGACGUGGACAUGGACGUGGACAUGGACGUGGACAUGGACGUGGACAUGGACGUGGACAUGGACGUGGACAUGGACGUGGACAUGGACGUGGACAUGGACGUGGACAUGGACGUGGACAUGGACGUGGACAUGGACGUGGACAUGGACGUGGACGUGGACGUGGACGUGGACGUGGACAUGGACGUGGACGUGGACAUGGACAUGGACAUGGACGUGGACGUGGACGUGGACAUGGACGUGGACGUGGACGUGGACAUGGACGUGGACGUGGACAUGGACGUGGACAUGGACGUGGACAUGGACGUGGACAUGGACAUGGACGUGGACAUGGACGUGGACGUGGACGUGGACGUGGACAUGGACGUGGACGUGGACGUGGACGUGGACGUGGACAUGGACGUGGACGUGGACAUGGACGUGGACAUGGACGUGGACAUGGACGUGGACAUGGACGUGGACGUGGACGUGGACAUGGACGUGGACGUGGACGUGGACAUGGACGUGGAGAUGGACGUGGACAUGGACGUGGACAUGGACAUGGACAUGGACAUGGACAUGGACAUGGACGUGGACAUGGACGUGGACGUGGACGUGGAUGUGGACAUGGACGUGGACGUGGACGUGGACAUGGACGUGGACGUGGACGUGGACAUGGACAUGGACGUGGACGUGGACGUGGACAUGGACGUGGACAUGGACGUGGUGGACGUGGACGUGGACAUGGACGUGGACGUGGACAUGGACGUGGACGUGGACAUGGACGUGGACAUGGACGUGGACGUGGACGUGGACAUGGACGUGGACGUGGACGUGGACAUGGACGUGGACAUGGACGUGGACAUGGACGUGGACAUGGACGUGGACGUGGACGUGGACGUGGACGUGGACAUGGACGUGGACGUGGACGUGGACGUGGACAUGGACGUGGACGUGGACGUGGACGUGGACAUGGACGUGGACGUGGACAUGGACGUGGACAUGGACGUGGACAUGGACGUGGACAUGGACGUGGACAUGGACGUGGACAUGGACGUGGACAUGGACGUGGACAUGGACGUGGACAUGGACGUGGACGUGGACGUGGACGUGGACGUGGACGUGGACAUGGACGUGGACAUGGACGUGGACAUGGACGUGGACGUGGACGUGGACGUGGACGUGGACGUGGACAUGGACGUGGACAUGGACGUGGACAUGGACGUGGACAUGGACGUGGACAUGGACGUGGACGUGGACGUGGACAUGGACGUGGACGUGGACGUGGACGUGGACAUGGACGUGGACAUGGACGUGGACGUGGACAUGGACGUGGACGUGGACGUGGACAUGGACGUGGACAUGGACAUGGACAUGGACGUGGAUGUGGACGUGGACAUGGACGUGGACAUGGACGUGGACAUGGACGUGGACGUGGACGUGAACGUGGACAUGGACGUGGACAUGGACGUGGACAUGGACGUGGACAUGGACGUGGACAUGGACGUGGACGUGGACGUGGACGUGGACAUGGACGUGGACAUGGACGUGGACAUGGACGUGGACAUGGACGUGGACAUGGACGUUGACAUGGACGUGGACGUGGACGUGGACGUGGACAUGGACGUGGACAUGGACGUGGACAUGGACGUGGACAUGGACGUGGACAUGGACGUGGACAUGGACGUGGACAUGGACGUGGACAUGGACGUGGACAUGGACGUGGACAUGGACGUGGACACAUGGACGUGGACAUGGACGUGGACAUGGACGUGGACAUGGACGUGGAAAUGGACGUGGACAUGGACUGUGGACGUGGAAGUGGACGUGGACGUGGACAUGGACGUGGACAUGGACGUGGAACGGUGGAGUGGACACUGGACGUGGACGUGGACGUGGAUGUGGACAUGGACGUGGACGGGACGUGGACAUGGACGUGGACGUGGACGUGGACAUGGACAUGGACGUGGACGUGGACGUGGACAUGGACGUGGACAUGGACGUGGGACGUGGGACGUGGACAUGUCGUGGACGUGGACAUGGACGUUGACGGUGGACAUGGACAUGGACGUGGACGUGGACGUGGACAUAAACAUGGACAUUUUCGUGGACAUGGACGUGGACGUGGACGUGAACGUGACAUGGAGGUGGACAUGGACGUGGGACAUGGACGUGGACAUGGACGUGGACAUGGACGUAGACAUGGAUGUGGACGUGGACGUGGACGUGGACGUGGACGUGGACGUGGACGUGGACGUGGAGAUGGACGUGGAGAUGGACAUGAGUGGACAUGAUGUGGACAUGGACGUGGAUAUGGACGUGGAAAUGGACGUGGACAUGGACGUGGACAUGGACGUGGACAUGGACACGUGGACAUGGACGUGGGACGUGGACAUGGACGUGGACGUGGACGUGGACGUGGACGUGGACAUGGACGUGGACGUGGACAUGGACAUGGACAUGGAACGUGGACGUGGACUUGACGUGGACGUGGACGUGGACAUGGACGUGGACGUGGACAUGGACGUGGACAUGGACGUGGACAUGGACAUGGACAUGGACAUGGACUGUGGACAUGGACGUGGACGUGGACGUGGACAUAGAGGGUGUCGUAGUCGUGGUCGUGGACGUGGACAUGGUUUGAUGGACGUGGAGAUGGACGUGGACAUGGACGUGGACAUGGACCAUGGACAUGGACGUGGACAUGGACAUGGACGUGGACAUGGCAAGGACGUGGACGUGGACGUGGAGAUGGACGUGGACAUGGAAGUGGACAUGGACGUGGACAUGAACGUGCACAUGGACGUGGACAUGGACGUGGACAUGGACGUGGACAUGGACGUGGACAUGGACGUGGACAUGGACACGUGGACGUGGACAUGGACGUGGAACGUGGACGUGGACAUGGACGUGGACAUGGACGUGAACGUGGACGUGGACGUGGACGUGAACGUGGACAUGGAGGUGGACAUGGACGUGGACAUGGACGUGGACAUGGACGUGGACAUGGACGUGGACGUGGACAUGGACGUAGACGUGGACAUGGACAUGGACAUGGACGUAGACAUGGACGUGGACGUGGACGUGGACAUAGCGGUGGUCGUGGUCGUGGACGUCGACAUGGACGUGGACUAUGGACGUGGAUCGUGGGACGUGGACGUGGACAUGGACAGUGGACGGGACAUGGACGUGGACAUGGACGUAGACAUGGACGUGGACAUGGACAUAGACGUAGACAUGGACGUGGACGUGGACGUGGACAUAGCGGUGGUCGUGGUCGUGGACGUGGACAUGGUCGUGGACGUGGACAUGGACGUGGACAUGGUCGUGGACGUGGACAUGGACGUGGACGUGGACGUGGACAUGGACGUGGACAUGGACGUGGACAUGAACGUGGACAUGGACGUGGACAUGGACGUGGACAUGGACGUGGACAUGGACGUAGACAUGGACGUGGACAUGGACGUGGACGUGGACGUGGACGUGGACAUGGACGUAAGCAUGGACGUGGACAUGGACGUGGACAUGGACGUUGACAUGGACGUGGACGUGGACGUGGACGUGGACGUGGACGUGGACAUGGACGUGGACAUGGACGUGGACAUGGACGUGGACAUGGACGUGGACAUGGACGUGGACAUGGACGUGGACAUGGACGUGGACAUGGACGUGGACAUUGACGUGGACAUGGACAAGGACAUGGACGUGGACAUGGACGUGGACGUGGAAGUGGACGUGGACGUGGACGUGGACAUGGACGUGGACGUGGACAUGGACGUGGACAUGGACAUGGACGUGGACGUGGACGUGGACAUGGACGUGGACGUGGACAUGGACGUGGACAUGGACGUGGACAUGGACGUAGACAUGGACGUGGACAUGGACAUGGACGUGGACAUGGACGUGGACGUGGACAUAGAGGUGGUCGUGGUCGUGGACGUGGACAUGGUCGUGGACGUGGACAUGGACGUGGACAUGGUCGUGGACGUGGACAUGGACGUGGAUAUGGUCGUGGACAUGGACGUGGACGUGGACGUGGACGUGGACAUGGACGUGGACGUGGACGUGGACAUGGACGUGGACGUGGACGUGAAUGUGGACAUGGAGGUGGACAUGGACGUGGAUGUGGACGUGGACGUGGACAUGGACGUGGACGUGGACGUGGAUGUGGACAUGGACGUGGACGUGGACGUGGACGUGGACGUGGACAUGGACGUGGACGUGGACAUGGACCUGGACGUGGACGUGGACGUGGACGUGGACGUGGACAUGGAGGUGGACAUGGACGUGGACAUGGACGUGGACAUGGACGUGGACAUGGACGUGGACAUGGACGUGGACAUGGACGUGGACAUGGACGUGGACAUGGACGUGGACAUGGACGUGGACAUGGACGUGGACAUGGACGUGGACAUGGACGUGGACAUGGACGUGGACGGACAUGGACGUGGGCAUGGACGUGGACAUUGA